CGCCGGCCGGAGACUGAUGGGCGUCCGAGCCGCGGCGGUUGCGCUGCCAGGCAGGCGGGGGUCUCAGCGGAGCCCCGUCGCCGGUGGGCACCAUGAGCGGACGGCAGAGAACGCUCUUCCAGGCGUGGGGCCCGAGCCUCGUGCGAGGCGCCGGCGGAGCUCCGGGCUGCAGCCAGGCGCGCUCGCCCGCGGUGGCGGAGGCGCUGCAGGAAGAGGACGACGACGAGGUGCUGCUGGUGGCGGCGUACGAGGCCGAGCGGCAGCUGGAUCCCGAGGACGGCGGCUUCUGCACGGCUGCGGGCGCCCUGUGGAUUUACCCCACCAACUGCCCGGUGCGCGACUACCAGCUGCACAUCUCCCGGACCGCGCUGUUCUGCAACACCCUGGUGUGCCUGCCCACCGGGCUGGGCAAGACCUUUAUUGCUGCCGUGGUCAUGUAUAAUUUCUACCGCUGGUUCCCUUCCGGCAAGGUAGUUUUCAUGGCACCCACGAAACCCCUGGUGACACAGCAGAUGGAGGCCUGCUUCCACGUCAUGGGUAUCCCGCAGUCUCACAUGGCUGAAAUGACAGGUUCAACUCAAGCUGUCAACAGGAAAGAGAUCUGGUGCAGCAAGAGGGUCCUUUUUCUUACACCUCAGGUCAUGGUGAACGACCUGACUAGAGGAGUUUGUCCUGCUGCCCAGAUAAAGUGUCUUGUGGUUGAUGAAGCUCAUAAGGCUCUCGGGAACUAUGCUUACUGCCAGGUUGUAAGAGAACUGGUCAAAUACACAAAUCACUUUCGAAUCUUGGCUCUUAGUGCCACGCCAGGUAGUGAUAUCAAGGCUGUGCAACAGGUUGUUACCAACCUACUGAUUGGGAAGAUCGAGCUUCGUUCUGAAGAUUCUCCGGAUAUUUUGCCUUAUUCUCAUGAAAGACAAGUUGAGAAGCUUGUUGUCCCCCUUGGGGAAGAACUUGGAGCCAUCCAAAAGGCAUACAUCCAGAUUUUGGAAACAUUUGCAAGUUCUUUGAUCCAGAGAAAUGUUUUGAUGAAAAGAGACAUCCCCAAUCUAACAAAAUACCAGAUAAUUCUGGCAAGAGAUCAAUUUAGGAAGAACCCAUCCCCAAAUAUUGUGGGAAUUCAACAAGGCAUAAUUGAGGGUGAGUUUGCCAUCUGUAUUAGUUUAUAUCAUGGAUUUGAGUUAUUGCAGCAAAUGGGAAUGCGAUCGUUAUAUUUCUUCCUUUCUGGAAUCAUGGAUGGAACUAAAGGAAUGGCACGGGUAAAGACUGAGCUCGGCCGGAAUGAGGACUUCAUGAGGCUCUACAGCCACCUGGAUGGUGUGUUUGCUCAAGCGCGAGAUCCUUCAGCCGGCGGCGCUUCGGCCCUGCAGAAAGGAAAUAAAGAGAAAAAAUUUUUCUAUAGUCAUCCAAAGUUAAAGAAACUGGAAGAAGUUAUAAUUGAACACUUCAGGUCAUGGAAUGCUAAAAACACCACUGAAAAGAAAAGCCAUGAGACCAGAGUUAUGGUCUUCUCCUCGUUCCGAGAUAGUGUGGAAGAAAUUGCAGAAAUGCUUUUACAGCAUCAGCCAGUGAUUAGAGUGAUGACAUUUGUUGGCCAUGCUUCGGGGAAGAACACAAAAGGUUUUACCCAGAAGGAACAACUAGAGGUGGUGAGGCAGUUCCGGGAUGGUGGCUAUAACACGCUGGUUUCCACCUGUGUCGGUGAAGAAGGUCUGGAUAUAGGGGAAGUCGAUCUUAUAAUAUGCUUUGAUGCCCAGAAGAGCCCAGUUCGCCUCAUACAGCGCAUGGGCAGAACUGGCCGCCGACGGCAAGGCAGGAUUGUUGUCAUCCUCGCAGAGGGCCGGGAAGAGCGGACAUAUAAUCAGAGCCAGUCCAUCAAAAAAAAUAUUUAUAAAGCUAUUUUAGGUAACAGACAAUUGCUUCAUCUUUACCAAGGAAGUCCACGAAUGGUCCCUGAUAAAAUCAAUCCCGAGUUACACAAGAUGUCCCUCACACCGGGUGUCUACGAACCAGAGAAGUCCCGGAAUGUGCAUCGGAAGUCGGUUUCCUCGAGGGGUGGGGUGAAAGCUAGUCAUUCAAAUAAAGAUGGGCUCCUAUCAGAAGAGGAACUGAACCUAUGGACCAGACUCUACAGGUUAGGAGACAGUGACCCCGUGAAAGGAGUGGCAUUCCCUCAGUCUCGCUUCCUGUCUUUACAGGAGGACCGAGCGACGAAAGAGCCAACUACUGGAAUUCGUCAACUCUCACUCUCUGAAUGGAGUCUGUGGCAAGAUCAUCCGCUUCCUACACAUCAGGUUGACCAUUCAGAUCGUUGCCACCAUUUUAUAAGCAUUAUGGAAAUGAUCGAAGAAAUGAGACAUGAAGAGGAUGAAUGCAGCUAUGAACUGACAAUUAAGCCUUUUCUACAAAUGGAAGAUGUCAGCUCAACAUAUAGGAAUGCAUAUAAUAAUCUAGCCAGUGUGACCAGUAUGACUCACGAGAAAUCUUCAUUUAGACAGAGUGUAGAUGAACACGCUUCCUUCUUGGAGAGAGAGUCUGCCGAAGAGUGUGCUGGGACUGUUAGACAGACUCCUCCCGGGAGUGCUGAGAUUACUUCUCUAAGGGACAAAGCUUCUAGAGCAAUGAGAAAAGACGCGGCCAGUGAAACAUGCGACGACGAGGGUGCAGCUUCUCCAGACACCGGCAGACGUUCUCCCGCAGAAGCUGUGGCCCGGGUAGACCCACCGAAUGGCGAAAGGGUGGCGGGGGCAGAUGGAAUCACCGCCAUGGGGGCUGCUGUUAGCGACGAUGACGGCCACCCGGGAGCAUUACUAACGGAGUGUCAGGCCACAGCUAAAUCUGGCUCGUCUGCCAGGUACUCCUUAGACUCUGGUUAUAGCAGUUUCAGUGAUGAGAAAUCUAUUUCGUCCCAUUUGCUCCUUCUACUGGAAGAAGAGCUGUACCCAGAGAGAGCAGCGGAGCCAUUUUCUAGCUGUGGCCUGGUGACAGGAGAGGCGCUAGCUAAUGUGGAGAGAUUGUUAUCCCAUUCUCCCCCGUCUCUCAGUGGACUCUCAGACCUGGAGCAUGAAGUCACUCGGGGUCUUGAACUUGACGAUACGUCCUACUUACCUUCCUCAGAGCAUGGACACAGCCAUGAACCUGCUGCUGUGAUGUCACACUCGGCUGUGAAUGCUCAACAAGAUUUAGAAACGAAUUCAGUGAAGCGUAUUAAUCAUCCUUCUGAAAACUGUUGUCUCUUUGGCACAACUGAUAAUAAGAUUUCUGAUCAGCCCUCUUUCUGCACCUCUGAUAAUAAAGCCCAAAAUAAUAUUAAAAGUAAAAACUUAGUAUCUAACAAUUAUGCUCAAAUACAAGUAAACCUUGCAAAGAGUUUGGUUGACAAAAAUAGCCACGAUGAUGAUAAUGAACCCCCAGUAUUCACCAAUGAGGGUGAGAGCUUACUAUUAUUUGAUGAUAGUAUGGAAGAGUUAAAUGGUGUGGGCCUUGCUCCCUUCCACAGUAAUAGUCGGCCCCUGUAUGUGCCAGAUAAAACUCUUACAUGUGAACUGCCUCCAGUCUCUAACUUCUUAAUUUCUGAUGAGCUUUUGUUAGAUGAUUCUGAGCCGGAAGAUCAAAUCAUCUGUGACACCAAGAGCUGGAAAUCUCAUGAAGGUUUGAAAGACGAACAUGAGGAACUGAAGACCGAGGGACAUACUUUUGAUUGCUCUGGGGAUUUAUUUUCUGUUACUUUCGACUUGGGAUUUCGUAGUUCAAGUUCUGAUGAUGAAAUCACAGGCCAUGUGUCAGGUAGGAGUAGCACACAGGCAGCAGCUGGUCUCCCCGGAAGGCAUUCUGAUAACGAGGAGAUAAAGGAUGCCAGUGAUGCUGUAGAUCCGCCAGGUGGAGCCAUAUCACCAAUCCCGACAGAAACCAAGCAGUGUUCACACUCUGCAGAGCAUAAAGAACCGGCGUCUCCCCACUUCCCCCCAUGCUUGCCAGUGAAGGAGAGAGUUAUGAGUACGCCGAUUUCUAAAGCAAACAUGUGGAGCCUGUGUUCUAAGACAGGAGCAGGUGUGCUUAAGACACCAGAUUCCACCGAGGAGAAAGCCAGUGUACGGAGUUUCAAAGUGACGUUGAGUCCGAGAUUUGACGAUUUAAGAGAAGAGGCCAAAAGCAGUGAUCAGGUCUUUCUGCAUUUGUCUCCGCAACACACUGCAGUUGAACACUUAACUAGUGAUAGUGAAGACGAUGUUUUCCUGAGAAAAAGUAGAAAACCAAAAGGAAAUGUCCUGAAGUCCCCUGAGGAUCAGAACAACGGUGAUGUUGAUUCGCCUGUUCAUGCUGUAAAAAAAAAGUCCAGGGUUCUCAGGUCAGAAUUGUCAUCUAGUGAUGAGAGUGAGAAUUCUCACUUACCAUGUACACAAUUGGAAGACUUCAAGGAUUGUGACAGGAACCCCAGAAAACGCUCCAAAGUCCGAAAGAAACAGAAUCAUGUAAAGAAUAUAGCUCGGAUGUUUCUAGAUGACGAGGCAGAGGUUUCUGAAGAGGAUGCAGGGUGUGUCUCAGCAGAUGAAGAUGAUGAGUCGGAAAACGGGCAGGAUUCAUCAAUUCUCGACUUUGUCAAUGACCAGACCCAGCUUUCACAGGCUGUAAAUGAUUCUGAAAUGAGAGCUAUUUACAUGAAAUCUGUACGUAGUCCGCUGAUGAGCACUAAGUACAAAAUGGUCCCUGAGAAACAUCAUAACAUGAACAUCUUCUCACAGAUUCCUGAGCAAGAUGAAAACUAUUUAGAGGACAGUUUUUGUGUUGAUGGAGAGGAGUCUUUCCAAAGCCAGUCAUGUGAAGAAGAAAUCUGUGUCGAUUUUAACUUAACUAAAGACUCCUUUACAGAUGAGAAUGUCAGAUAUAAAACCCGAUACGCAGUAAAGCUAAAACAAAUGAGCACGAAACAAAACUGUCCACGGUCAAAGAAGAAACUAUCUAGAAUUAUCUUACCAGACGAUUCAGACGAAGAACAACACCCCGUGAAUGACAGAGAAGAUUCCAGUGCCCAUGGCAGCCAUGCUGACAAGCACAUCCAGCAGGGCCAGCAGUGCAGUUCAGGGCCUCCUGGGUCUUCAGCGCAGCCCAGGGUCCUUCGUAGUCCAACAGCGAAUGAGAAGCCCACACAGAGACAGCAGGUGGUACAGAGCAUACUGGAUGCCGUCCCUGAGGUGGUGAACCCCAGGGCUCAGAGCCGUAACUCAGGCGCAUUUACUUCAUCUCCAUGUCCGAGUGUGGAGUCAAGGAAGGAAUGUGGGAAAUGGCUAAUCGACUUUAAGGUUGAUGACCCCAAGGAAGGCAGCGCCUCCAUAGCACCCUGUUCUAAUUCACCACUACAUGUAGCUGAUGGACAUACAGCCCCUAGACCGCCACAAGAAGGAAAUAGAGCUUGCAUUCUUGUGGACAGUCGUGAAAUCACUUCUGGUUUAGAAGUAAUUUCCUCGCUAAGGACAGUUCAUGGGUUACAAGUAGAGGUUUGUCCUCUUAAUGGCUGUGAUUACAUCGUAAGUAACCGCAUGGUGGUAGAAAGGAAGUCUCUGUCCGAAAUGUUAAAUAAUGGCAGUAAGAACAAGUUCAUCGAGCAGAUCCAGCGCCUGCAGAGCAUGUUUCAAAGGAUAUGUGUGAUUGUGGAAAAAGACAGAGAAAAAGCAGGAGACACAUCAAGAAUGUUUAGAAGGACAAAGUGCUAUGACAGUCUGCUAACCGCCUUAGCUGGGGCUGGAAUCCGAAUCCUUUUCAGCUCUGGACAAGAGGAAACUGCAGAUUUACUAAAGGAGCUAUCAUUGGUGGAACAAAGAAAGAAUGCUGGUAUUCAUGUUCCAGCCGUGCUGAAUCCUAGUAAAUGUGAGGCUCUCCAGUUCUAUUUAAGUAUUCCCAGUAUAAGUUAUAUAACUGCCUUAAAUAUGUGUCACCGGUUUUCAUCUGUGAAAAAGAUGGCUAACAGCUCACCUGAAGAAAUCUCCGCAUGUGCUCAAGUAACUCAUCAAAAGGCUGAGGAGAUCUACAGAUAUAUUCACUAUACAUUUGACAUGCAAAUGUUACCAAGUGAUCUUAACCAGGAUAGACUGAAAUCUGAUGCAUGCUCAGCACUCAAAGUGUGAUUAUGAAAGAACUCUCACAAUACUAAAUAAUCAUUGUAGUUUGUGAUUACCAGCUUAAAAUAUGUAAAUAUUUCAUCUCUUAAAGAUAUCUUUACAUAUUGUAAAGCUUUUUAUUUAUAGACGACAUAAUUUAUUUUUAAAAGGAAAUCUUUGAUGUUCCAUAAUCAUUUUGACUGAACUGUGAAAUAAGUUUUUAUUGAAUAAAUCAAGGCUGUGUGGUGUUGUUCA